CAAAUAUAUACCGUGUUUAUACGUAAACGAUGUAGGAAUACCUACUGCGUCGACUCAACGUAAUGGAUUGAUAUGAGCUUGAUUUUGGCCAUCGGCAGAUUCUAAACAAGGCAAAUGAAGUAUAAGAUAAUGAGUCAGAAAGAGAGAAAAAAAAGCCUUCUUUUAGCUGGGAAAACGCACAGCUUGUGACGUUCGAUAUUAGAUUCACAUGAAGUCUCUUUCUGACAACUUCCGCUUGUCAAGAAAAUGUUUGUGUACCAAAAUAGAACUUCUAACUGAAAGAGACAGCUUGUAUUCCCAAGGAUCUUCUAGAACUCCUCACACUUUUUCAAAAUGAAAAACCAUCAAAAACCAUAAGAGCUCAAUUUGUUUACCAUGGCGUCAUCAAUAAGUAACGCAGCAAAGUGUUUUCAUAGAGGCAAAUGGCACUGUCUAAGAAGGCACGCCACCACAGAAUGCAAAGUGGGGGAACAAAUUCUAUAGCUAGCCAGGAAGGGAAAGGUAAAAGAAGAGAAAGGAAGCAAACAUUCGCGGUAGCUCAUUUUGAGAAGAUAAACAAAUUGAGAGUAAAGGAAGGAUUGUACGGUUGAAAACGUGUCAUGGAUACCGAAAAAGGAAGCCAAGAUGAAUACGGGUUAUUGUGAUUUGGAAAAGUUCGUAACAGUAUUCAAAUGAGCCGUAAUUUCUUCACCUUUUUACUCGAAUUUUCUUAUUAAACUGCCUUUCAUUAUUCUUCAUUUAUUUCCACAUUGUAACGAAAAAAUGGCUCGUUUUCUAUAUUUUUAGGUGGAUCUACCCUUACUGCUAAUUAAUCAACGUUUGUUUACUUUUUUGCGUUCCAUUACAGUCAUAUAAUAAAAUAACGAAUGUAAACAAUUAGAAUUAUCAAGUAUAACGCACACAUUAAAUUUCGUUAAAAGCUUCAAGAAAGCAUUGCACGGCUUUCUACCCGCAUCAACACAAGCGCGUUUCCAUCCGAAAUACAAUCAAAAGUUCAAUUUUUCAAUCAUUUUCCUUUUCGUACCUGGAAUUGUUUAUUGUAUACAAUUUUUUGAGCUACUGUUUUGUUUGAGCACGGAAAGUCAUUACUUGGCUGUGUUAUAAUACAGUUUAACCACGUUACCUUACUGGUCUAAGUUCCUGAUAAAUUCGCUUGAAAAGCUUGUCUUAUCUUAAAAAUGAGCUCUGAUGGAUUUGAUUAUACGAAUCUGUUACCAAUUGCAAAUGUGGCGCGUAUAAUGAAAAGCGCUCUUCCUGAAAACGCAAAAAUAUCAAAGGAAGCCAAGGAUUGCGUUCAAGAUUGUGUCAGUGAAUUUAUCUCGUUUAUUACGAGUGAAGCUUCUGAACAAUGCACACAGGAAAAACGUAAAACAAUCACCGGAGAAGAUGUUUUGCUUGCCAUGAAUACCCUUGGGUUUGAGAAUUACGCUGAAGUAUUGAAAAUUUCUCUAGCAAAGUACCGUGAGCAACAAGCCAGGUCGGCCAGCAUGAAAGAAUCCAAACAAACUCGCAUUGAAGAAGAUUAAUAAUUGUAAAGGAAGUUCAUGAUCUUGCUUAAAACUUAUGCAUAUGAAAAGUCCUUAAUGCGCUUUUCUUUUCUUUUCUUUUUUGUUUUGUUUUUUCUCUUGUUCCUUUUUAAGUAUUACAUCCUCCACCAAUUGUGUAGGUAUCUUUGCUAAUUCUGCCUCAAUACCCUUGCUGCCCUGAGAGUAUUUUUAUGUUUACGUAAAAGCGUUUGGAGUCCAUUUUUUCUUUCACAAAGUAAGUUACCGGAAAGGCUGAAAGGCUCAAAGGCUCAAAGAUAAAUUGCAAUCGUAGUCUAAUUGACUAUCAUUCCAGUUGCUCCUCUGUAUAUUAAUAGCGACCAGCAAUCACAGCUUUUUUUUUUGGUCUAUUGUUGUCAUCGCUAAGUAUCACAUACACAGUUAGCUAAUUUUUUAAAUGAAGUGAAUUGAUAAGCA